GCUGGCUGAGCUAGUCCAUUGAGCUGGAAAAGAAGAUGGGAAUGCCGCAACCGGCUGCUACUAUCUCUUUGCUCUUCCUCAUUUGUUGCAGUCAAAUGUUUUCAAAAGUUCAUGGCUUAAGCAAUGGAGCUAUUAUUCUUUCUCGAUACAACUAUGCAUCAACAUCAUAUUACUAUGGCAUAGUGAGAGUAUAUUAUAAUGGAUGGGGUAACAUAUGUAAUGACUACUAUUUCGAUUCAGCUGAAGCUAAUGUCAUUUGUCAUCAGUUGGGAUACACUGGAGCUUCAAGCUACUCUAGAGCUGGACUAACUAGCUAUGGUACCGACUACUAUUUUAUGAAGUGGGAUGAUGUUAACUGUGGUAGUAAUUCAUACCUGUCCAUUGCUCAAUGUUCCUACUCUACAUACAUUGACAGUGGUUGUGUUAACAGUAACAGUUAUGAUGCUACUGUAUACUGCUAUACCACUAGGAUCUGGAACAGUAGUCCAUUCCCUGGUAUGGUACGUCUUCAAGAUGGAGUUUAUUCUAAUGAAGGACGUGUUGAGGUUUAUUGUAAUGGACAGUGGGGGACAAUAUGCAGUGAUGGGUUUGACUCUACUGAUGCCAACACUAUCUGCAAGCAACUGGGAUAUGAUUCAUUUGCGAUUUUUAAUGGAUCAAAUUCCACUUAUGCUAAUAGCAGUCAGUCUAUAUGGAUUACUGGCAUGUACAGUGCCUCAAGUGAUGUAUGUUUGACUCAAAGUAAUUCCUGUCCUAGCAGUGGAGUGAUGAAUUGCUCUAAUUCUAGUAUUGUAUCAAUCGAAUGCUCUGAGAGUUCUACUUUUACUAGGUAUACUGCUGAUGUUCAGUCUUGUAAUUUGGAUGGUACUGUUAAAGGAACAAUCAUUCUCUCUCGUAACAAUGUGGCAUCAACAUCAUUUUAUUAUGGAGUAGUGAGAGUGUAUUAUAAUGGAUGGGGGAACAUAUGUGAUGACUCCUCUUACAGUUACACUGAAGCUAAUGUUAUUUGUCAUCAGUUGGGAUACACUGGAGUUUCAAGCUACUCUAGAGCUGGACUAACAAGUUAUGGUACAGACUAUCUCCCUAUGAAAUGGGAUGAUGUUAUUUGUGUCAGUAGCAGCUAUUUAUCUAUUGCUCAAUGUUCCUAUACUACUUACAUUGACAGUGGUUGUGUUAACAGUAACAGUUAUGAUGCUACAGUAUACUGCUAUGCCACUAGGAUCUGGAAUAGUAAUCCAUUCCCUGGUAUGGUACGUCUUCAAGAUGGAGAUUAUUCUAAUGAAGGACGUGUUGAGGUUUAUUGUAAUGGACAGUGGGGGACAAUAUGCAGUGAUGGGUUUGAUAGCUAUGAUGCUACUACACUUUGCAAGCAACUAGGCUUUAAAAGCUAUUCAAUUUUUUCAGCAUUACCUAGUAACUCUAGUCAGCCUAUAUGGAGUGACAGUAUGUACAGUACAUCAUAUGACGUGUGUUAUGGGUCAAGAAAUGGCUGUCCAAUGAAUUCAGUCACUAACUGCUCUCAUCUUAAUGAUUUGUUUUUGAAAUGCAGUGACAGUUCUUCAUUCUCUGUUGUGACCAAUACAAAAGUAACAUGUUCACAAGUAUUAGAUGGUGUGCCUGAUGCUGUUAAUGGAGUAAUUGUUUUGUCUCGAAACAAUAUAUCAUCAACUACUUAUUACUAUGGAACAAUUAGGGUCUAUUAUAAUGGAUGGGGUAAUAUUUGUGAUGACUACUUCUAUGGUUAUACUGAAGCUAAUGUCAUUUGUCAUCAGUUGGGAUACACUGGAGCUUCAAGCUACUCUAGAGCUGCUAGUGUCAGUUAUGGUACAGACUAUCUUUCUAUGAAAUGGGAUGAUGUUAACUGUGCCAGUAGCAGCUAUUUAUCCAUUGCUCAAUGUUCCUACUCUACUAUCAUUGAGAGUGGCUGUGUUAACAGUAACAGUUAUGAUGCUACUGUAUACUGCUAUACUACUAGAAUCUGGAACAGUAGCCCAUUCCCUGGUAUGGUACGUCUUCAAGAUGGAAUUUAUUCUAAUGAAGGACGUGUUGAGGUUUAUUGUAAUGGACAGUGGGGGACAAUAUGCAGUGACGGGUUUGACUCUACUGAUGCCAACACUCUCUGCAAGCAACUGGGAUAUGAUGGUUAUAACAGCUUUGAUCACACCUCAAGAAUUAAUAACACUAUUCAGCCUAUAUGGAGCACCAACAUGUAUAGUACAGCAAGUCAUAGGUGCUUUGGGUCUGGAAACUCUUGUCCAUCAGCUUCAGUGACCAAUUGCUCUCAGUUGAAUGACGUUAUACUUACAUGCAGAGACAUCUCAUCUUCUUCCAGACAAACUGUUAUUCAGUCAUCUUGUUCUGGACUUACUUCAGACUCUGUAUCUAAUGGAGCAAUUAUUUUGUCUCGUAACAAUUUACAAUCACCUUAUUAUUAUUAUGGAACAAUUAGAGUGUAUUAUAAUGGAUGGGGUAACAUAUGUGAUGACUACUUCUAUGGUUAUGCUGAAGCUAAUGUCAUUUGUCAUCAGUUGGGAUAUACUGGAGCUUCAAGCUACUCUAGAGCUGGACUAACAAGUUAUGGUACAGACUAUUUUUCUAUGAAAUGGGAUGAUGUUAACUGUGUCAGUAGCAGCUAUUUAUCUAUUGCUCAAUGCACCUACUCUACUGUCAUUGACAGUGGUUGUGUUAACAGUAACAGUUAUGAUGCUACUGUAUACUGCUAUACAACUAGGAUCUGGAAUAGUAAUCCGUAUGAUGGUAUGGUACGUCUUCAAAAUGGUGAUUAUUCUAAUGAAGGACUUGUUGAAGUGUAUUGUAAUGGACAGUGGGGGACAAUAUGCAGCACUGGAUUUAGCACAAGUGAUGCUAAUACUAUUUGUAGACAGCUUGGAUAUGACUCUGGUUUAAGAAGAUAUGAUUCAUUAUAUGGUAAUACAAGUCAGCCUAUCUGGAGUACUAACAUGUACAGUACAUCAUAUGCUACAUGCUUUGGUUCAAGUAACAGUUGUCCUUCAAGUUCUAUCACUAGUUGCUCUCACUUCAGUGAUGUCUCAGUUACAUGCAGAGAAACAUAUUCUUAUACUAGAUAUUCUACUACUUCGUCUACUUGUUCUGGAUUAUUGUCCAAUUCAAACUCUAUAUCUAAUGGAGCAAUUAUAUUGUCUCGUUACAAUAUUUCAUCAAAUUUAUAUUACUAUGGAACAAUUAGAGUCUAUUAUAAUGGAUGGGGUAACAUUUGUGAUGACUACUAUUAUAAUUCAGCUGAAGCUAAUGUCAUUUGUCAUCAGUUGGGAUACACUGGAUAUUCAAGCUACUCUAGAGCUGGUAGUGUCAGUUAUGGUACAGACUAUCUUUCUAUGAAAUGGGAUGAUGUUAACUGUGCCAGUAGCAGCUAUUUAUCUAUUGCUCAAUGUACCUACUCUACUAUCAUUGACAGUGGUUGUGUUAACAGUAACAGUUAUGAUGCCACUGUAUACUGCUAUACCACUAGGAUCUGGAACAGUAAUCCAUAUGAUGGUAUGGUACGUCUUCAAGAUGGAGAUUAUUCUAAUGAAGGACGUGUUGAGGUUUAUUGUAAUGGACAGUGGGGGACAAUAUGCAGUGAUGGGUUUGACUCUACUGAUGCCAGCACUAUCUGCAAGCAACUGGGAUAUGAUUCCUUUGCAAUGUUCAAUGGAUCAAAUUCCCAUUAUGCUAAUAACAGUCAGCCUAUAUGGACUACUAGCUUGUACAGUGCCUCAAGUGAUGUAUGUUUUACUCAAAGUAACUCCUGUCCUAGCAGUGAAGUGUUGGAUUGCUCUAAUUCUAGUAUUGUAUCUGUUGAAUGCUCUGAGAGUUCUACUUUUACAAGGUAUACUGCUGAUGUUCAGUCUUGUAAUUUAGAUGGUACUGUUAAGGGAACAAUUAUUCUCUCUCGUAACAAUGUGGCAUCAUCAUCUUAUUACUAUGGAACAAUUAGAGUGUAUCAUAAUGGAUGGGGUAACAUAUGUGAUGACUAUGCUUACAGUUAUACUGAAGCUAAUGUCAUUUGUCAUCAGUUGGGGUACACUGGCAUUUCAAGCUACUCUAGAACUGGACUAACAAGUUAUGGUACAGACUAUCUUCCUAUGAAAUGGGAUGAUGUUAACUGUGCCAGUAGCAGCUAUUUAUCUAUUGCUCAGUGUUCCUACUCUACUUACAUUGACAGUGGUUGUGUUAACAGUAACAGUUAUGAUGCUACUGUAUACUGCUAUACGACAAGGAUAUGGAACAGUAAUCCAUAUGCUGGUAUGGUACGUCUUCAAGAUGGAGAUUAUUCUAAUGAAGGACGUGUUGAGGUUUAUUGUAAUGGACAGUGGGGGACAAUAUGCAGUGAUGGGUUUGACUCUACUGAUGCCAACACUCUCUGCAAGCAACUGGGAUAUGAUUCAUCCUCGUUCUUUCAUCUUUCAUAUUAUUCAAAUGACAAUUUACCAUUUUGGACUUCUAACAUGUAUAGUACUGGAUAUGAUUUGUGUUUUAAAGAGCACAAUAAUUGUCCCAACACUUCAGUGACUAGUUGCUCCUACUCCAAUAGUAUAUCAAUCCAGUGCACUGAUAUUGCUUCAUACAAUAGACUUAAUAUUGAGCAAAAUACUUGUACUAAACUGCCAGACUUACUUCAUGCUACAAAUGGAACAAUCAUCCUAUCUCGUAAUAACACAUCAUCAGCUUCUUAUUACUAUGGAACUGUUAGAGUGUAUGAUAAUGGAUGGGGCAAUAUAUGUAAUGACUACUAUUUUGAUUCAGCUGAAGCUAAUGUCAUUUGUCAUCAGUUGGGAUUUACUGGAGCUUCAAGCUACUCUAGAGCUGGACUAACUAAUUAUGGUACAGACUAUCUUUCUAUGAAAUGGGAUGAUGUUAACUGUGCCAGUAGCAGCUAUUUAUCCAUUGCUCAAUGUUCUUAUUCUACUUACAUUGACUAUGGUUGUGUUAACAGUAACAGCUAUGAUGCUACUGUGUACUGCUAUACCACAAGGAUAUGGAACAGAAAUCCAUAUGAUGGUAUGGUACGUCUUCAAGAUGGAGAUUAUUCUAAUGAAGGACAUGUUGAGGUUUAUUGUAAUGGACAGUGGGGGACAAUAUGCAGUGAUGGGUUUGACUCAAAUAAUGCUAACGCUAUCUGCAAGCAACUGGGAUAUGAUACAUCAUUCAGUUUUAAUAAUUUUUCAUUACAUGAGAAUUCUAAUAACUCAACAGUAUGGAGUCGCUCUGUUCCUAAUUUACCCACUGAUGUUUGCUUUGUAACUGAUACUUGUCCAUCAUCUUUGGUGUCAAAUUGUAAAAAUGCAGUUGCUGUCAAUUGUGGUGAAAAAUCUAUCUCAACAAGACGAACUGUGACUGCUGCAACUUGUAAUCAAUACUAUUCUCAAGCUGCUGCAGGGACUAUUAUUCUAUCUCGUAAUAAUGUGUCUUCAACCUCUUAUUACUAUGGAGUAGUGAGGGUGUACUAUUAUGGUUGGGGUAAUAUUUGUGAUGAUUACUAUUAUACCUCUUAUGAAGCUAAUGUCAUUUGUCAUCAGUUGGGAUACACUGGAGCUUCAAGUUACUAUAGAGCUGGACUAACUAGUUAUGGUACAGAUUAUCUUUCUAUGAAAUGGGAUGAUGUUAACUGUGCCAGUAGCAGCUAUUUAUCUAUUGCUCAAUGUUCCUAUUCUACUUACAUUGACUAUGGUUGUGUUAAUAGUAACAGUUAUGAUGCUACUGUAUACUGCUAUACCACAAGGAUAUGGAACAGUAAUCCAUAUGCUGGUAUGGUACGUCUUCAAGAUGGAGAUUAUUCUAAUGAAGGACGUGUUGAGGUUUAUUGUAAUGGACAGUGGGGGACAAUAUGCAGUGAUGGGUUUGACUCUACUGAUGCCAACACUAUCUGCAAGCAACUGGGAUAUGAUUCAUUCUCAUUUUUUCAUCUUUCAUAUGAUUCAAAUGACAGUUUGCCAUUUUGGAGUUCUAACAUGUAUAGUACUAGAUAUGAUUUGUGUUUUAAAGAGCACAACAACUGUCCCAACACUUCAGUGACUAGUUGCUCCUACACCAACAGUAUAUCAAUCCAGUGUACUGACACUUCUACUUACAAUAGGCUUGAUGUACAACAAAAUACAUGUGCUAAUGUUCCUGACUAUCUUCGAAUGAAAUGGGAUGAUGUCAACUGUGGUGAUAGUGACUAUCUUUCUAUCUUUCAGUGUUCUCAUUCUACUAUCAUUGACAGUGGUUGUGUCAAUAGUAACAGUUAUGAUGCUACUGUAUAUUGCUAUACCACUAGAAUCUGGGAUAGUAAUCCAUUCUCUGGUAUGAUACGUCUUCAAGAUGGAGAUUAUUCUAAUGAAGGACGUGUUGAGGUUUAUUGUAAUGGACAGUGGGGGACAAUAUGUAGUGAUGGGGUUGAUGGGUAUGAUGCUACUACACUUUGUAAGCAACUAGGCUUUAAAAGCUAUUCAACUUUUUCUGCACUACCUAGUAACUCUAGUCAGCCUAUAUGGAGUGACAGUAUGUACAGUACAUCUUAUGAUGUGUGUUAUGGGUCAAGCAAUAGCUGUCCAAUAAAUUCAGUCACUAACUGCUCUCAUCUUAAUGAUCUAUUUUUGAAGUGCAGUGACACCUCUUCAAUCUCUGUUGUUACAAAUACAAAGGCAUCAUGCUCACAUGUAUUAGAUGGUGUCCCUGAUGCUGUUAAUGGAGCUAUUGUUUUGUCUCGUAACAAUAUAUCAUCAACUACUUAUUACUAUGGAACAAUUAGAGUCUAUUAUAAUGGAUGGGGUAACAUUUGUAAUGACUACUAUUAUAAUUCAGCUGAAGCUAAUGUCAUUUGUCAUCAGUUGGGAUACACUGGAGCUUCAAGCUACUCUAGAGCUGGUCGUGUGAGUUAUGGUACAGACUAUCUUUUUAUGAAAUGGGAUGAUGUUAACUGUGUCAGUAGCAGCUAUUUGUCUAUUGCUCAGUGUUCCUAUUCUACUUACAUUGACAGUGGUUGUUAUAAUAGUAACAGUUAUGAUGCUACUGUAUACUGCUAUACCACAAGGAUCUGGAACAGUAAUCCAUAUGAUGGUAUGGUACGUCUUCAAGAUGGAGAUUAUUCUAAUGAAGGACGUGUUGAGGUUUAUUGUAAUGGACAGUGGGGAACAAUAUGCAGUGAUGGUUUUGACUCUAAUAAUGCUAACACAAUCUGCAAGCAACUGGGAUAUGAUGUAUCAUUAAGUUUUUAUAAUUUUUCACUACAAGAGAAUGUUAGUGAUGCAGCAGGAUGGAGUCACUCUAUUCGUAAUUUACCGACUGAUGUAUGCUUUGUAACUGAUACUUGUUCAGUUUCUUUAAUUUCAAAUUGUAAAAUUGCAGCUGCUCUCAAUUGUGGUGAAAAGUCUACGUUGACAAGACGAACUGUGACUGCUUCAACUUGCAGUCAAUACUAUUCUCAAGCAGCUGCUGGAACUAUUAUUCUAUCUCGUAAUAAUGUGUCUUCAACCACUUAUUACUAUGGAAUAGUAAGGGUGUACUAUAAUGGUUGGGGGAACAUUUGUGAUGACAGCUAUUAUAAUUCAGCUGAAGCUAAUGUCAUUUGUCAUCAGUUGGGAUACACUGGAGCUUCAAGCUACUCUAGAGCUGGACUAACUAGUUAUGGUACAGACUAUCUUCGAAUGAAAUGGGAUGAUGUCAACUGUGGUGACAGUGAUUAUCUUUCUAUCUUUCAGUGUUCACAUUCUACUAUCAUAGACAGUGGUUGUGUUAACAGUGACAGUUAUGAUGCUACUGUAUACUGCUAUACCACUAGGAUUUGGGAUAGUAAUCCUUUCUCUGGUAUGAUACGUCUUCAAGAUGGAGAUUAUUCUAAUGAAGGACGUGUUGAGGUUUAUUGUAAUGGACAGUGGGGGACAAUAUGCAGUGAUGGGGUUGAUAGUUAUGAUGCUACUACACUUUGCAAGCAACUAGGUUUUAAGAACUAUGCAAUUUUUUCAGCAUUACCUAGUAACUCUAGUCAGCCUAUAUGGAGUGACAGUAUGUACAGUACAUCAUAUGAUGUGUGUUAUGGCUCAAGCAAUAGCUGUCCAAUGAAUUCAGUCACUAACUGCUCUCAUCUUAAUGAUCUAUUUUUGAAGUGCAGUGACACUUCUUCAUUUUCUGUUGUGACCAACACAAAAGCAUCAUGCUCACAAGUAUUAGAUGGUGCGCCUGAUGCUGUUAAUGGAGCUAUUGUUUUGUCUCGUAACAAUAUAUCAUCAACUACUUAUUACUAUGGAACAAUUAGAGUCUAUCAUAAUGGAUGGGGGAACAUUUGUGAUGACUACUAUUAUAAUUCAGCUGAAGCUAAUGUCAUUUGUCAUCAGCUGGGAUACACUGGAUAUUCUAGCUACUCUAGAGCUGGUCGUGUCAGUUAUGGUACAGACUAUCUUUCUAUGAAAUGGGAUGAUGUUAACUGUGUCAGUAGCAGCUAUUUAUCUAUUGCUCAAUGUUCCUACUCUACUAUUAUUGAUUAUGGUUGUGUUAACAGUAACAGUUAUGAUGCUACUGUAUACUGCUAUACCACAAGGAUAUGGAACAGUAGUCCAUUCCCUGGUAUGGUACGUCUUCAAGAUGGAGAUUAUUCUAAUGAAGGACGUGUUGAAGUUUAUUGUAACGGACAGUGGGGGACAAUAUGCAGUGAUGGGUUUGACUCUACUGAUGCCAACACUCUCUGCAAGCAACUGGGAUAUGAUGGUUAUGACAAAUUUAAUCACACCUCAAGAUUUAAUAACUCAAUUCAGCCUAUAUGGAACACCAACAUGUAUAGUACAGCUAGUCAUAGGUGCUUUGGUUCUGGAAACUCUUGUCCAUUAGCUUCAGUGACCAAUUGCUCUCAGUUGAAUGAUGUUACACUUACAUGCAGAGACAUCUCAUCUUCUUCCAGACAAACUGUUACUCAGUCCACUUGUCCUGGACUUAUUCUUAGCUCUGUUUCUAAUGGAGCACUUAUUUUAUACCGCAGCAACAUACAAUCACCUUCUUAUUAUUACGGAGUAGUGAGAGUGUAUUAUAAUGGAUGGGGUAACAUAUGUGAUGACUACUCUUACAGUUACUCUGAAGCUAAUGUCAUUUGUCAUCAGUUGGGAUACACUGGAGUUUCAAGCUACUCUAGAGCUGGACUAACAAGCUAUGGUACAGACUAUGUUUCUAUGAAAUGGGAUGAUGUUAACUGUGUCAGUAGCAGCUAUUUAUCCAUUGCUCAAUGUGCCUACUCUACUUACAUUGACAGUGGUUGUGUUAACAGUAACAGUUAUGAUGCUACUGUAUACUGCUAUACCACUAAAAUCUGGAACAGUAAUCCAUAUGCUGGUAUGGUACGUCUUCAAGGUGGAUAUUAUUCUAAUGAAGGGCGUGUUGAGGUUUAUUGUAAUGGACAGUGGGGAACAAUAUGCAGCACUGGAUUUAGUACAAGUGAUGCUAAUACUAUUUGUAGACAGCUUGGAUAUGACUCUGGUUUAAGAAGAUAUGAUUCAUUAUAUGGCAAUACAAGUCAGCCAAUCUGGAGUACUAACAUGUAUAGUACAUCAUAUGCUACAUGCUUUGGUUCCAGUAACAGUUGUCCUUCAAGCUCUAUCACUAGUUGCUCUCACUCCAGUGAUGUCUCAGUUACAUGCAGAGAAGCAUAUUCUUCUACUAGAUAUUCUACUACUUCGUCUACUUGUUCCGGAUUAAUUUCUAAUUCAAACUCUGUAUCUAAUGGAGCACUCAUUUUGUCUCGCAACAAUGUACCAUCACCUUCUUAUUAUUAUGGAACAAUUAGAGUGUAUUAUAAUGGAUGGGGUAACAUAUGUUACGACAACUAUUAUAGUUACACUGAAGCUAAUGUCAUUUGUCAUCAGUUGGGAUACACUGGAGCCUUAAGCUACUCUAGAGCUGGUCAUGUCAGUUAUGGUACAGACUAUUUUUCUAUGAAAUGGGAUGAUGUUAACUGUGCCAGUAGCAGCUAUUUAUCUAUUGCUCAAUGUUCUUACUCUACUUACAUUGACAGUGGUUGUGUUAAUAGUAACGGUUAUGAUGCUACUGUAUACUGCUAUACCACUAGGAUAUGGAACAGUAGUCCAUAUGCUGGUAUGAUACGUCUUCAAGGUGGAUAUUAUUCUAAUGAAGGACUUGUCGAAGUGUAUUGUAAUGGACAGUGGGGGACAAUAUGUAGCACUGGAUUUAGUACAAGUGAUGCUAAUACUAUUUGUAGGCAGCUUGGAUAUGACUCUGGUUCAAGGAGAUAUGAUUCAUUAUAUGGCAAUACAAGUCAGCCAAUCUGGAGUACUAACAUGUACAGUACAUCAUAUGCUACAUGCUUUGGUUCCAGUAACAGUUGUCCUUCAAGCUCUAUCACUAGUUGCUCUCACUCCAGUGAUGUCUCAGUCACAUGCAGUGAAAUUUAUUCUACUACUAGAUAUACUACUACUUUAUCUACUUGUUCUGGAUUAAUAUCUAAUGCUGGUUCUGCAGCCGCUGGUACAAUAGUUCUUUAUCGUAAUGGGGUUUCUUCAUCUUCAUACUAUUACGGCAUUGUGCAACUUUAUUAUAAUAGUAUAUGGGGUAACAUUUGUGAUGACAAUUAUUACAGUUCCUCAGAAGCUGAUGUCAUUUGUCAUCAGUUGGGAUACACUGGAGCUUCAAGCUACUCUAGAGCUGGAAGAACAAGUUAUGGGACUGAUACUAAUCAAAUGAUAAUUGAUGAUGUGAAGUGUGCUAAUAGCAACUAUUUAACUUUAUCACAAUGCUCCUUUUCUACAUACAUUGAUAGUGGGUGCACUAACACCAAUUCCUAUGAUGCUACAGUCUACUGCUAUACUAGUAGAAUUUGGAGCAGCCCAUACACUGGUAUGCUACGUCUUCAAGGAGGAAAUUACUCCAAUCAAGGACGAGUAGAAGUAUAUUGUAAUGGACAGUGGGGAACAAUAUGUGAUGAUGGGUUCAGUUCAACUGAUGCUAGAACUGUCUGCAAACAGUUAGGAUACAGUAGCUAUUACAGAUAUGACCAUUUGUCUCUGCCUGAUAAUUACAGUAAACCAAUAUGGUCUGCUCAUUUUUCAAGCACUGCAUCAAGUACUUGCUUCAAUUCAAGGAAUUCUUGUCCCAUUUCCAGUAUUACAUCAUGUACACAUUCAGAAGAUGUCACUGUAGCUUGCUCAUAUUCUUCAUCAUCAACGAGUGUAUCAACUGUAGGAUACUGCAACAGCAAUAUUACAACUACUAGAUCUAAUCAGGGUACUUCAGUUAUUGGAGGAGCUAUUGGUGGUACAUUUGGUGUCAUUAUUUUAAUUAUAUUAAUAGCAGUGAUUUUUGCUGUUUUCUAUACUUAUGCUAAGAAACGACACUCCAGAAGAAUGACACCAGACAGGUCCACAGUUCUAAGAAAUGUUGCAACUAACGACGAAUCAAAUAUUCAAUUAAAUACUAUACCUUCAAAAACACAAGAAUGGCAGGAACCACCUCAAUACGUUGCAUCACCCACUAAUGUCUUGAAUCAUCCUCCACCACCAUCAUUUCCUCCUAAUGCUACUUCUCAUGGAGGAUAUUAUGUUUAUGUUCCACAAAGCAUGGCAUUACCUCCAUCAGCUCAAUUUUAUCCAUACCCUGUUGCCACUUUGCAACAAACUCCCAGAGAUCCUGAUGAAGGAGAGAAAUCAGAAGCAAAUGCUGAUCCCAUUCGUGAGGCAGAGCCCCCUCAAUAUGAUGCAAUUUAUGAAAAUACUGAUUUGUAACAGUAUUUGAUAUAAUAUAAGAGCAUUUACUAAACAUUUGUAUUUUGUGUGUUUAAUUUCACUUUUAUAUGACUUGCUGUUUCUAUUUUAGAAUUUUUGCU